AUGGCAUAUACUCACCAGGAUUCUCCCGCUGAUGCGGUUGAUCCCACGACACUGGCUCCACUUCCUCUGCCUGCCGGUAUCAGAUCUCGCUUCGUCGACACUUCCCCUCACAGCCUCGUCUUUCACAUCCUCGAAUCCCUCCCAGCGGAGGUACCGCCUGCUGGUGAAAAGCCGAAGCUGAUCCUCCUGCUUCAUGGGUUCCCCGAAAUCGCCUACUCGUGGCGCAAGAUCCUUCCGUUGCUCUCUGCACAGGGUUACCAUGCUGUCGCUUUUGACCAGCGAGGAUAUGGGCGGACUUUCUCCCGCAAGCCACUUGAUGCAUCUUCGUUCCGGCCCCUGAACCUCGUCAAAGAUACGGUCACGCUGGUGAACGCUCUUGGCUAUACUUCCGUGUCCUGUGUGGUAGGGCACGACUUCGGAGCAGUCACGGCAAGCGUCUGUGCCCUCGCCCGCCCUGACAUGUUCCAGAGCCUCGUGAUGAUGUCCCAUCCCACCAAAGGCCCUCCCCAGUCUCCCCUUGCCACCUCUCCGUCCUAUGGCACCGCCUCCCAAGCCCCUCCGCCUCCAGUCGACAUGGAAAAGGCGCUCUCCCAACUCCCCCGGCCCCGGAAACACUACAAGUGGUACUACUGUACCCCACCUUCAAACGAUGAAAUGACCAACCCAACGGGCCAACCCCUGCACACAUUUCUUCGCGGCUACUUCCACCUCAAGUCCGCCGACUGGGACGGCAACGACCCGCACAAACUGGCCGGGGGAUGGACCGCGACGGAGUUGCAAAAGAUGCCCCGCUACUACAUCAUGGACCUGGCCGACAACAUGCGCCAGAGCGUGGCGCGAGACAUGGCCGACGAAGAUCCGCAAGUCGUCGCAUCGCGUGCGGCGCGCUGGCUGCCCGACGACGAACUCGCCGUCUACGUGGCAGAAUGGGGCCGCACCUCCUUCCAGGGCGGGCUGAAUUGGUACCGCGUCCAGACGCAGCCGGAAAUCGCCUCCGACAUGCAGGCCUGGUCCGGCGCAAAGAUCUCCGUCCCAACCGUGCUCGUGAGCGGCACGAAAGACUGGGGCACCUUCCAGGAGCCUGGCGCCGUGGAAGCAAUGGAGACUGGUCAGAGUGUGCGCCACCAAAUGUAUAGAGGGACCGUGCUUGUCGAUGGAGCCGGGCACUGGGUGAAUCAGGAACAACCAGAAAGGUGCGUGCAGGAGAUUCUGCAGUUGGUUAAAUGA